AUGGAAUCAACCAUAUCAAGCUAUCCACCUCUUGGCCAAGUCACUCAGCUCAAAGAUAAUACAUUCCAACUUUAUGCUCUACUAGAAGUAGAUAACAGCUAUGCAGAUGAGCCUUGGGACGUUGCCGUUUGGUACUCUUCUUCCGGUGCCGACUGGACGGAGAAGUUGUUGUCGUCCAUUUCCGUCGACAACUCCCCAUUGUCACUCCAACCUGUUACGCAGUCGCGUACUCUCCUUUACUUUGGGGUGCCAUUCACCGUAUCAUCUUCUCUACAAUUCACUCUUAAAUUUCGCAAUGGUCAUGAUCAACCUUGGAGAUGGUCUCGCAAAGUCUCGGGAAUAUCCGAUGGAAUCGUCCUUGCCACCCCAUCAUCCCCUAGUAACAGAACGAACACGAGUCUCUCUAACGUAAUUCGUGGUCUUAAUCCGGAACUAACGGUCACAGCUGCGGAGAGUCAAACCCCAAAUACCGAACUCUGGACCAUAAGUGCAAGCGUGGAUCCGGCCGAAGAUGAUCAUUCUGCAUACGCCGAUGUGGAUCUCGGGACUCCGUGGGGUGGUGCUCUGCGAUAUUUUGCUCUUGUCCGGCAUGGGUUACCGUGGCUGGGCCCUAGGCACGGUAGAAAGCAAUUUAAAUUAGAUAAGGAUGCUGUGAUGUGCUCCUUUUUGAGCCACCAAGGAAAACAUCUUGUCCUACUAGGAGUCAGCGGACUGGCCAACGUAACUACACUCCUUCGCAGCUCGAAUUCGGGUUCAGUUACGUUACAUAUACGGAGCGAUAAUGAGUCUCAAUCAUCUGGUCUAGUUUUGGCUUCCAUUGGCGAUGACUUCGAGAGUGCGAUGGCAGCUGUCAUGUAUCACGCGCGAACCGUCAUCUUCGCCACAGGUAAUGGCAAGGAUAAAUUUGCCAAGGAAAUACAAAGUCUAACUAGUGACAUCAAGCCUGAAUGGUAUGAAAAUUGGUACGAUGGAUUGGGAUAUUGUACUUGGAACGCUCUGGGCCAACGUCUAACAGAAGAGAAAAUACUGCAUGCCGUCGAAACAUUAUCAAACGACCAUAUCAAUAUAAGCAGCCUCAUCAUAGAUGAUAACUGGCAAGAUAUUGAUUACCAAGGCCAGAGUCAAUACCAGCACGGUUGGAAGGGGUUCGAAGCUGAGCCAAAUGCAUUCCCUAACGGACUCAAGGAUACGGUGUCCCUCAUCCGCUCAAAGCAUCCGAGCAUCCAACACGUCGCCGUCUGGCAUGCUCUACUUGGUUACUGGGGAGGUAUUUCAAGCAGCGGGAACCUUGCGCAGACUUACAAGACAGUACGAAUUGAUCGUACUGAUUCUAACUUCAGCGGUCCCAUGACGGUAAUCGCAAAAGAAGACGUCGGGAAGUUCUACAAUGACUUUUACCGUUUUUUGUCGGACUGUGGGAUUGAUGGUGUCAAAACUGAUGUGCAGUACAUGGUAGACACUUGGGUCUCGGCCAAACACCGUCGUAAACUCACCGAGACUUAUCUUGAUAGUUGGAUGAUAUCGACCCUGAGGUAUUUCGGCAUCAGAGCCAUAUCGUGUAUGUCACAAGCGCCACAGCUCUUAUUCCUUCAGCAACUGCCGCACAACAGGCCCACCAUGCUCGCCCGUAAUUCUGAUGACUUUUACCCCGAUAUCCCGGAUUCACACCCGUGGCAUCUCUUCGCAAAUGCCCAUAACGCCUUGCUGACCCAGCACCUAAAUAUUCUGCCAGAUUGGGAUAUGUUCCAAACUGGACAUGAGUUUGCGGGUUUUCAUGCUGCUGCGCGAUGCCUAAGUGGCGGGCCAAUCUAUAUCACGGAUACCCCUGGGAAGCACAACGCCCAUCUAAUUUCCGAGAUGACAGGCCCAACGCCUCGGGGAAAGACUGUCAUUUUCAGACCUAGUGUAGUAGGCAAAAGCAUCGACGCAUAUACCAGUUAUGAUGAGCCUGUGCUGCUCAAAAUUGGGAGUUACCACGGACGGGCCAUAACGGGAACGCCGCUACUAGGUGUCUUCAACACGUCCAGGCGGGCCGUGAGUGAGCUUAUUCCCCUCUCGCGGAUUCCAGGUGUGUCUGAAGCAAAUCUAUAUGUUGUGCGCGCCCACCGCAGCGGCCUAGUCACACCUGUUAUAGAGCCUGGCUCUACUAGUAGUGUCCUUGCAGUAUCGUUAGAUGUACGGAAGUAUGAAAUAUUUACUGCGUUUCCCAUAACACAGUUCGAUAGCGAGACGAACGGCAUGAUAUACUUUGCAAAUUUGGGACUCAUCGGAAAGAUAACGGGCGCUGCCGCUAUUACUACAAACCAAUCUGAGCUUUUACACACUGGUAGGGUGUUCUUGGAUACACGACUCAAAGCGUUGGGAGUUUUGGGCGUGUAUAUUUCAAGUCUCCCCGACAUGUUGAUUGAGCGGGAUUUCAUGGUUACUAUUCAAGGCCAACCUAUCCCGCCACAUACGGUUACUAUUAAUAAGGUCGAUAGUCACAUUUUGAACAUCGAUGUCGAGACAGCGUGGAAGGAGAUGGGCCUCACAGCUGGCUGGAGUAAUGAAGUUGAAGUCAAGGUAUACUUCGACAUUGAGCAUCUUUGA